GUGGGGGGGAGAAUAGAAGGAGUUGGGAUUGCUCUGGACGUGCCUCUUAUCCGCAGUGUCGAUGCGGCUGCGGCUCUGAAUGAUAUCUGCAUAGAUUACAGAUACACGAUGUCUCCCAUCUCCAGAGAGGCUUGAUCCUGAUAGGCCAACAGUACUGGAUUGUGCCUCUGUCCCUCUCCUCGCCAGUCCCCCCCUCAGUGCAGCCAUGAUGUCCUUCGCUAGGAUACGGACCUAUUUCUUUCUAUGCUGCUUCCUAUCUAGUCUGGUGCUUCCUGUGACAUCACAAACAGUGGUGCAAGCUCCACAAACUCAUAGUGCUGGCUCCCAAGUGAUCACAGCGUUGCUUCAGGAGGAGGAGUAUUCAUCAUUUCAUGCAGAGAAUCCCGAGUGGACAUUUAAUCACCUGGCUGUGGACUAUCGCAAUGGUAAUGUUUAUUUGGGAGCCGUCAAUCGCAUAUACAAACUGUCCCCAAACUUAGAAGUCCAAAAGUCCCACGAGACCGGUCCAGAUGAAGACAAUCGCAAAUGUUAUCCACCACGAAUUGUCCAACCCUGCAGUGAGCCACUGACGCUCACUAACAAUGUCAACAAGAUGCUUUUGAUGGACUAUCGGGAGAACCGGCUGCUGGCUUGUGGCAGUCUCUACCAGGGCAUUUGUAAAAUCCUCCGUCUAGAUGACCUAUUUAAACUAGGAGAGCCCUUCCACAAGAAGGAACACUACCUCUCUGGUGUUAAUGAGAGUGGCUCUGUAUUUGGUGUCAUUGUUUCUUAUGGCAAUGCCUCUCCAGACAUGCUGUUUGUAGCCACAGCAGUGGACGGCAAGCCAGAGUACUUCCCUACCAUCUCUAGUCGAAAGUUGGCCAGAAACUCCGAGGAGGAUGGCAUGUUUGCAUAUGUCUUCCACGAUGAGUUUGUGGCCUCUAUGAUUAAAAUCCCUUCAGAUACCUUCACUGUCAUCCCAGACUUUGACAUAUACUACAUUUAUGGCUUUGCCAGUGGGAACUUUGUCUACUUUCUGACUUUGCAACCUGAAAUGGGAGGUGGACCGACCACUGGAUCCUCUUCUACUGGUCGAGAACAGGUCUACACUUCUAAGAUAGUCCGCCUCUGCAAGGCAGACACUGCAUUCAACUCCUAUGUGGAGGUGCCUGUUGGAUGCAUUAGCGGCAACGUGGAGUACCGAUUACUUGAGGCGGCCUACCUGUCAAAAGCUGGUGCUAUCCUGGCACGCUCACUAGAUGUGGCACCGGAUGAUGAUGUCUUGUUUGCUGUAUUCUCAAAAGGCCAGAAGAGGCGUCCACGCCAGGCCUCCCAGGAUUCUGCACUGUGUGUUUUCUCUCUGCGCAAGAUCAAUGAGAAAAUCAAGGAAAGGCUACAGUCCUGCUACAAGGGAGAGGGCACGCUGGACCUGGCUUGGCUGAAAGUCAAAGAUAUUCCCUGCAGCAGUGCGCUCUUGACCAUUGAUGAUGACUUUUGUGGCCUCGACAUGAAUGCACCGUUGGGCGUGUCCGAGAUGGUGAGAGGCAAGCCUCUCUUUUCCGAUGCUGUCGACAAAAUGACCUCUGUCAUUGCCUACGUCUACAAGAACCACUCACUGGUCUUCGUGGGAACAAAAAGUGGUCAAGUCAAGAAGAUCCGUGUAGACGGCUCCUCACGUGCCCUUCAGUAUGAAACUGUGCAGGCUGUGGAGAAUGGACCCAUCCUCAGAGACAUGGCCUUCUCUUCUGACCAUCACUACCUCUAUGUCAUGUCUGAGACCCAGCUGUCAAGGAUCCCAGUGGAGGCGUGUGGUCAGUACACAACCUGCAGUGAAUGUCUUGGGUCAGGAGAUCCCCACUGUGGUUGGUGUGUUCUGCACAACAUGUGUGCCAGAAAGGAGAAAUGUGAGCGCUCAUCAGAGCCCCGGCGCUUUGCAUCAGACAUCAAACAGUGUGUGCGACUCAGUGUCCAUCCAAACAACAUCUCCGUGUCCCAGUUUAGCGUCACGUUGGUGUUGGAAGCCCAUAAUGUUCCAGAACUCUCUGCAGGUGUCAACUGUACAUUUGAGAAUCUGGCUGAGAUGAAUGGCUUGGUGGAGGGAAAUCGAAUAAAGUGCUCCUCCCCCGCCGAAAAGGAAAUGCCACGAAUAAUUGUUGACAAAGGUGACCACCAGAUCGUGCAGCUCUAUCUCAAGUCCAAAGAGACAGGCCUGGCAUUUGCAAAUACAAGUUUUGUUUUCUACAACUGCAGCGUGCACAAGUCGUGUUUGUCAUGUGUGAGUAGCCCCUACCAGUGCCACUGGUGUAAAUACAGACAUGACUGUACCCAUGACCCACGCACAUGUUCCUUCCAGGAGGGACGAGUCAAGAAGCCCGAGGGGUGUCCCCAGUUGCUGCCUGCAGAAAGGAUACUAGUGCCUGUCAAUGUGGUGAAGCCCAUCACCCUACGGGCUAAAAACCUCCCUCAGCCGCAGUCUGGACAGAGGGGUUACGAGUGUUUGCUCACCAUCCAAGGGAACGAGCACCGGGUUCCUGCCCUGCGCUUCAACAGCUCCUCAGUGCAGUGUCAAAACACAUCGUAUUUCUAUGAUGGGAUGGAGAUGAGCAGUCUUCCCGUGGAGCUGACCGUCAUCUGGAACGGAGAUUUCAGCAUCGACAACCCCGCCCACAACAAAGUCCAUCUUUAUAAGUGUGACGCCCAGCGUGGAAGCUGUGGUCUGUGUCUGAAAGCGGACCCACUGUUUGGGUGCGUCUGGUGUAAAGGAGAGAACCGCUGCACCCUCAAGCAACACUGCGCCAAUGAGAACACGUGGCUAGAGCACAACGGUAUCAACAGCAAGUGCACCCACCCACGGAUCACCAAGAUCACCCCUCUGCGGGGUCCUAGGGAAGGUGGCACACUUGUGACUAUCCGUGGUGAGAACCUGGGACUGGACUUCAGGGAGAUUCAGGGUAAUGUGAAGGUGGCUGAAGUGGACUGCACCCCCAUACGUGAAGGCUACAUCCCCGCUGAACAGAUUGUGUGUGAGAUGGGUAAAGCCGAGAUGAGCCAAUAUACCGGGAAUGUGCAGGUCUGUGUCGGGCAGUGCACCUCUGAUUUCAUGGCAAAAUCAUCCAAGUACUACUACUUUGUGAUUCCAAGAAUUGCCAGCCUCAAGCCAAACCGUGGACCAGUCUCUGGGGGAACUAUUGUCAACAUUACAGGCAGCCACUUUGAUGCUGGGAGCAAUGUGUCAGUCAUGUUCAAGGACCAGCCAUGCACUUAUCUGAGGAGGGGCGGCCAGUGGCUUACUUGCCGAACCCACGCUUCCCUACAUGGCAUUGGAAAUGUGUCUGUGUCUGUGAGUAUAGAUAAGGCCCACCUUCAGAAAGACCUGCAGUUUGAAUAUGUGGAAGACCCCACCAUCACCAAGAUAGAGCCCGAGUGGAGCAUCUACAGUGGAUAUACUCCAGUCACAGUGACAGGCACUAACCUGGACAUCAUUCAAACACCACUCGUCAGAGCCAAAUACAAUGGUCACGAGACACUCAAUUUGUGCCAGGUACUAAGUCCUACAACAAUGCUGUGCCAGGCUCCAGAGUUGCCCAUCAGCCUAGCCAGACACCAAGAAGUACCUGAAAGACCUGAUGAGUUUGGCUUUAAAUUGGAUGAUGUGCAGGCUCUGAUGGCACUCAACAACACCAACUUUAUCUACUUCCCCAAUCCGGAAUUUGAACCACUUAGUCCAUCAGGAGUCCUGGAGCUUAAACCAGGAUCGCCCAUUAUACUGAAAGGUCGGAAUUUCCUCCCACCGACCAAUAGUGGAAAUGGAAAGCUAAACUACACCGUUCUGAUUGGAGAGAAACCCUGCAUUUUAACAGUGUCAGAGAACCAGCUCCUCUGCGAGUCACCCAACUUGAUUGGCCGGCACAAGGUCCUGGCACGUGUGGGCGGCAUCGAGUUUUCCCCAGGUGUGGUCCACAUCACGUCCGACAGCCCCCUCAGCAGCACUGCAAUCAUCAGCAUCGCUGCAGCCGGUGCCCUGCUCAUCCUUGUCAUUGUGGCGGUGCUCAUUGCCUAUAAACGCAAGUCUCGUGAGAGUGACCUCACCUUGAAGAGACUGCAGAUGCAGAUGGACAACCUGGAGUCACGUGUGGCUCUGGAGUGCAAAGAGGCUUUUGCAGAGCUACAGACAGACAUCCAUGAAUUGACCAGUGAUCUAGAUGGUGCAGGUAUCCCCUUCUUGGACUACAGGACUUAUACCAUGAGAGUCCUCUUCCCAGGCAUUGAGGAGCAUCCUGUCCUGAGAGAUCUGGAGGUGCCAGGUUACCGCCAGGAGCAGGUAGAAAAGGGGCUGAAGCUCUUUGGUCAGCUUAUUAACAACAAGAUCUUCCUGCUGUGUUUUAUUCGCACUCUGGAGGCCCAGCGUGGUUUCUCAAUGAGGGACCGCGGAAAUGUGGCCUCACUCAUCAUGACAGUGCUGCAGAGCAAGUUGGAGUAUGCCACUGAUGUCCUAAAGCACCUGCUGUCCGACCUCAUAGACCGCAACCUCGAGAGCAAAAACCACCCCAAACUGCUUCUCCGCAGGACUGAGUCUGUUGCGGAGAAAAUGCUGACCAAUUGGUUUACAUUCCUCCUUUACAAAUUUCUGAAGGAGUGUGCAGGCGAGCCUCUUUUCUCCCUCUUCUGUGCCAUCAAGCAGCAGAUGGAAAAAGGCCCCAUUGACUCCAUCACGGGAGAGGCACGCUACUCGCUCAGUGAAGACAAGCUCAUCAGACAACAGAUUGACUACAAGACGCUGGUGGUGAACUGCAUACAUCCAGAAAAUGAGAAGAGCCCAGAGAUCCAGGUUAAGGUGCUAAACUGUGACACCAUAAGCCAGGUGAAGGAGAAGAUACUGGAUGCCAUCUACAAGAAUGUCCCGCAUUCACACCGCCUAAAAGCCUCCGAUAUGGACCUGGAGUGGCGUCAGGGUCGAGGACAGCGCAUGAUCCUGCAGGAUGAGGACAUCACCACAAAGAUUGAAGGGGACUGGAAGAGACUGAACAUGCUGUCCCAUUAUCAGGUACCUGAUAAUGCAAUAAUGGCCCUGGUUCCCAAGCAAGUUACAGCCUACAACUCAGUAAACAACUCCACUGUGUCCCGAACUUCUGCAAGUAAAUAUGAGAACAUGAUAAAGUACACUGGAAGUCCUGACAGCCUGCGUACCCGCACUCCUAUGAUCACUCCGGACCUGGAGAGCGGGGUGAAGGUUUGGCACUUGGUUAAGAAUCACGAGCACGGAGACCAGAAGGAGGGCGACCGUGGGAGCAAGAUGGUCUCUGAGAUCUACCUGACAAGGCUUCUGGCCACCAAGGGUACAUUACAGAAGUUUGUGGAUGACCUUUUUGAGACCAUCUUCAGCACAGCUCAUCGAGGCAGCGCUCUGCCACUGGCCAUCAAAUACAUGUUUGACUUCCUGGAUGAGCAGGCCGACAAACACAACAUCCAUGACCCACAUGUCCGACACACAUGGAAGAGCAACUGCCUACCUCUGCGUUUCUGGGUGAAUGUGAUUAAGAACCCCCAGUUUGUGUUUGACAUCCACAAGAGCAGCAUCACAGAUGCCUGUCUGUCUGUGGUGGCCCAGACCUUCAUGGACUCCUGCUCCACCUCAGAGCACCGCCUUGGGAAAGACUCACCCUCCAACAAGCUGCUUUAUGCCAAGGACAUCCCCAGCUACAAGAGCUGGGUGGAGAGGUACUACUCAGACAUUAGUAAGAUGCCAGCGAUCAGUGACCAGGAUAUGAAUGCCUACCUGGCAGAGCAGUCACGGAUGCACAUGAACGAGUUCAACACCAUGAGCUCCCUCAGUGAGAUUUACUCCUAUGUGGGGAAAUACACUGAGGAGAUUGUGUGUGCACUGGAGCAGGACGAUGCAGCCAGGAAACAGAGGCUGGCCUUUAAGCUGGAGCAGGUGGUGGCCUUCAUGAGUCUGGAGAGCUGAGAACCACACUUCCCAGGGUGCACUGGGAAGAGACCCUGUCAGAAACCGAGCCGUGCCUGAGCGAAGACCUGUCCCCAUCUUUUUUUUUUCAUCAUGUGACUUCCUUCCUCCGCCUUUCAGAGAUGAAUUCUUCCUCUAACUUUUUUUCUGCUUCCUCUUCCCUGAGAAAUCCUUUUUUUUUUUUUUUCCCCCCCCUCCCAUCCACUCUGCUGCAUAGACUAGUUUACCUGAAUUUAUGCGAGGGGUGGCCCGGAGCUGAGUUUGGCAUUUCCCACAGUGCAAUGUGGGGGAUCCCUCAGCUGCACCACAGAGAAGCUUGAAGGGGUGAUUGCUUGAAAGCUGGCCAUAUUGGCAAUGUGUCGAUCCCCCCUGCUGGAAGAGGGGAAAAACAUUUUUAUGUUGCCUUCAAGAAUUUACACCAAUAGGUAAUUCUUUAAAAACCACAAUGUUGGGUGUCCAUUUUGUUGAGAACUUUUCAGAAUAGAAUAGUUAAAAUAAAACCAUCUCUAGAGUUCAGUUUAUUGUAGUUCUAUAUUAAAUAUACAGAAUCAAGGGGAAGCAUCAACACUGAUGACUGCAAGCCAAAUGAACACCUCUGAAGAAAAUUAAUGCAAGGAUGGUUUGCCAAGUUUACACUGUACCUUCAAGCAAAGCAUACAUAUCCGUGAAAUCUGGGGCAAAUCCAGGCAAGCCUAGAAAGUUCUUGUGUUCUUCAAUGUAGCUGGAGUUGUAUUUAAGAAAAAGACUGAUGGGGGUAGGGAAGGAUUAUCGCUUCUCUGAACUUUUUCCUUUACUGAACCAUGACGAACUUUACAAACCAGAGCAUCCCCAGCCUAUAGCCCUUUGUGACAUGCACACAUUUUUACCUGCCCAGCAUACAUUUAAGAAAAUGCUCAUGAUUUCUGCUUCCAUUUGGCUUAUCUAGCUACUGCAAAAUUAAGCUAUUAGAUAAAACCCCAGAGCCCCCGCCGAAGUUGGAUCCUUUGUAAAAAGCACACAACCAACUCUGGAAGACAGUGUUUUGACUGCUAAUCCAAACACCAGGAGCAGUCUCUGCCUGGCUCUUGCCACUUCCGACCUUGUGUCGCCAUCGCGACGGUCUAUCAAAGCACACAUGCACAAAUACACACACACACACACACACUCAUUCAGCAGCUGCCCAAAAUCCUGACUGCCCAGAUAUCUACGCCAACCGUGGAAGAGUUAAAGGGAAGAGCUGACUGAAAUGUACUGGGUAAGAAACAGCUUGAUCAUUAAAAACAAGAAUGAUUUAAUACAGUUUAGCCAGAGAUGGCUGACUGUUACCUAAAGAGGCUCUGUUGUGAGAGUAGCACUUCUUUCCCAGGACGUCCCUAUUUUAAGACUUUUGUGCAGAGAAAUCAAAUGACAUGGACUUAGUUGGUCAGCCAAAAACCAAAGGAGCUUGAAAUUUUCAAAAUGGUCAAAAAUGUAUUUAUAAAGUGCCACUGAGGAACUGACAAAGGACUAUGUAUAAGACAACCACUUCUAAGACAAAAAAAAAAUAUUGUGACUUGAACUUUAAGCAACAUGUGUGACUUUUCUGACCUCAGUGUGUCGAGGUGAGAGGUUCUGCGGGCGAGGUGAUCUGAUCCUCCUUUCUCCUUUCAUCGUCCCGGAUCUCUCCGGCUCUCGGCACACCGUUCACCCCUUUUAUGUCCGGCUCCUGACUUACCAGUUUUUCUGUUUUGCACAAGCAUUGGAGAUGGUAGCUAGUUGCAUAUGGCAAAAACCCCAACUCCUGAGUGUGUAACUGUUGAGGCGCUCUUGUCUGUAUUAGUGUAGUUGUCCUCAGUGGCGGCAGGGGGCGGCCUUCUCCAAACCUCAACAAAAAAAAAAA